AUGGAUAAUUUGGCGAGGAAGAAUUUCCUUGAAGUCUAUUUGGCCAAGCAAAAAGAGCUGGGCAAACGUCAGCGGGAAUAUAAAAAGAUUCUCUCGACAAAAUUGAAAAGUCGCAAAGAAACCAUUAUCGAGGCGAGCUAUCAGAAUGCCAUUGAUCAGUUAAAGGUGGAAAAGGACGACUUGAGAGCCCAGAUAUGGGUUGCGAAUGGUCUGACUCACGUACGCGAAAAUAAACGUUGUCUGAAAAAUAUCCAAUGCCAUAUUGAAUGCCAAGAGAGGCUGUCAAAUGACAAUCGCAAAUUGAAGGUGGACAUCGCCAAUUUGGAAAGGGAAAUAAGUCGGGUGAAUAAACAAAUUUAUGAUUUAAAUCGUAAAACGGUGCCCGAUACACAGCAUCAGGCACACGUGGCCAAGACCCGCAAGAAAUUAAUGAUUUUGGAAAAUCAGCUGGAGGUGGGCGUACGUCGGGAAUGCAGCUUUACGGCGGUCAAUGCAGAGCUACGUGAAGAAUUAAUCAAAAUUCUCAAUCAUCGUACCCUCUUCAAUGAAUCCUAUUCGAAAUUGGUGCAGAAACUGAAUAGUGAUAAAAAAUAUUUAAUCGAAUUGAUCGAAUAUGCCCUGGGUACCUUUGACAAUUGCAUCGAUAUCUAUGAGAAAAUUGAUAACUUAGUGAAGAGAGAUAAAAAGGAGAAGGAUAUGCGUAAAGUCGAAAUGCAAGGCUUAAUGAGAAAUCUUGCAGCCGAAACUGCCGUUUCGGAAUUUAUGGAUACCAAGGGUAAGGUGCGGGAAUUGGCCGAUUUACAACCAAAAGAAUAUGCACGUCGUGAAAAGUUUCGGCAAUAUCAUAAAAAGAAAAUUAAUUUGUAUAACAAAAUCCUGGAGAAAAUUCAGGAUUAUACCCAAACACAAAAUGUCGAAAAGGUCAUAGAAAAAUUCCAACAACAAGAGAGUCUGUAUUAUUCGUAUUUCAAUUAUGCCAAUGAACUGAGCUAUCACAUGACGCUGCUAACGAACUCCGUGAAUCGUCUCUACAACGAUAUUGAUUCCCUGAAGAAAACCAAUUUAAAUUCCCUACAAGAUCAAUAUGAGACCAUAGAUCGUUUGGAAGCAACUCUGGCGGAGAAACAAAAGAAAAAUGCGGAAUUACAAAAGGUGCGGGAGGCAAAUGAUCAACGUUUGGACAGCCUUUUGAAGGGUAUUGAAACCCUUUUCAAAAUGUCUCAAUGUGAUGCCUCACCGUUGAUGGUAUUACUCGGAAAUCACAGCCAUGUUGAUUUGGUAAAUGUUCGACGUUUCUUGAAAAUUUUAGAACGUCGUAUCUUCGAUAUUACGGCAAGUGUUUAUGUGUUGGAGCGGCGGGAUGAAAGUAAGGCAUUUGGUGAUUAUGUGGUUAAACAAAUCGAAAAAAUAUGCGAAUGGCCAACGGAAUUGAAUGACAUCGUUCUGACACAACAAUGUCCUGAGUGUGCAGAGGGUGAGGCCUUUAACAUGGAUGAAGCUGGAGAUGGUGGUGUGGCCAUACACACAGUCGAGGAGGCCAAACAGAAGCUAUACGAAAAAGUUGCCCAACCUGAAAUGCAAUAUCGUCUACACAGUAUUAGUCAGUGUCGUUUGCCAAGGUCACGUAUAUUGGCUGCUAAAAGGAAUGCUUAG